AAACUUGCUGAGUGUUCUUGAACCACGGUACCAAACUCCCAAUAGACAAAAGAUUACUGACUUCUUAAUUCCAGCUCUGUAUGAGAACCAAAAAUCCAAGCUAAUUGCUGACCUUCAGACAGCUGAAGCAGUGUCACUCACAACAGAUGCUUGGACGUCUCGUGCAACUGAAUCAUAUCUAACUAUAACAUGCCAUUAUGUUAACAAAGAGUGGGUGAUGUGUUCGAAAGUUCUACAAACAGAACGCUUUCAUGGUUCACAUACCGGAGAAAAUGUUGGUCUGGAAUUGACAAACUGUAUGAUAAACUGGGAGAUAAAAAAACAAAGUAAAAGUCAUAACGAGUGACAAUGCUUCUAAUAUGACAGUUGCUAUUGAAGUUGCCGGAGUACACAGAAAUUAGGGUGCUUGGCUCAUACAUUGUACGUUGAACUUGGCCUCAAACAAAGCACUGUCUCUUCCAGUUCUCCAGAAAGUUCUUACCAAAGUCAGACCAAUUGUUACUUUCUUUCAUAAGAGUAACAUUGCUACAGAGGUGCUUCAAGAAAAGCAAUUAGCUUUACAAUUACCAAAACACAAAUUAAUCAAUGAUUGUAAGACUCGAUGGAACUCAGCUAUCAGAUGCUGGAGAGGUUUUUAAAACAAAGGCCAGCUGUUCUUGCUGCUCUUCUUGAUCCUAAAAUUAAGAAGAAUGACAAAGCCAGAACUGUUAGUGGAUGGACAGUUAAUGAAAUCCAAUGUUGGGAGAAAUUUGUUUCCAUCAUGGGGGUUAUGUUGACUGCAACUUUAAUCUUGUGCGAGGAAGAGACACCUACUUCAGGACUCAUUCUACCACUCCUUGAUAAACUAUUAUGGCACUUUGAGGGUGACUCAAUAUUUGUCUGUAGUCUGAAGAAUGCUGUUCGACAAAAUCUUGAGCUUCGCUAUAAAGAUUAUGAUUUGAGGAUGUUUUGGAGGAAUCAAGUGCCCUGGAUCCUAGGACAAAAAACAAACCAUGUAUUGAUGAUAGCACAUGGGGAAGAUUAAUUAAUAAGUUGUCAUUGAUGGACUUUGAUCAUAGAGCUAUUAAGACUGAAUCUAGUGAGGUAGGUGAGCCAGUUCCUCCUGUUGCAGCAGCACUAUCAGUUUUGACUGACAUCCCUCAGUUGCAAGGGCAGACUGAAGGGUCUGAAAUGCCAGUUUGUCCUGCUGAUGUUGAGGAAGUUGUUGUUGAUGAUUAUGACAAAGAGGAGUUGGAGCCUAAAACUGCCUUGGAAUCUGUAUUUGAAGAUGACAUUGAAGUCAUUGGUGAAGAGGUCCUUACUACAAAUGAAAUAGCAAUCAAAGAGGUGAAUGGAUACAAGGACAGAAAACCAGCAUCUAUGAAGGAAGAUCCUUUGAAAUGAUGGCAACAGAAUGUUACUUGCUUCCCAAAAUUAGCUAAACUUGCUGCUAAAUAUUUUUGUGUACAGACAACUUCGGUUGCUUCGGAAAGAGUGUUCAGCACUACAGGAGAUAUUAUUAGUGCAACAAGGGUAUGUUUAAGACCUGGAAAUGUAAAUGCCCUUGUAUUUCUUAGAAAAACAUGAGUUAAAAAGUUGUGGUAUUGUGGGUGGAUAAUUGCUUAUAAUUUGUUUGUUUUUUUUAAAACUCCCUUGUGAACAUACAUGUCUCACAUUUCUUUGAUAAUCGAUAAUAUUGAAACAUAUAAUAUGUUGAGUUACCUUAUUGGGUUUUUUUUUUCUGUUACUUUCCGGAACUCAAAGAAGUCAUUGUUUGUUUUGUUAUGAAAUAAAAGAUAUUAAACCAC